AUGAAGCUGGUCGCUCUUGCUGCUACUAUCCCAAAGAUCCUGUCUUGGUACGAGCCUGCAAUCGGAGUGGACAAGGCCCCAAGAGACAACAUGAUCGUGAAGCUCCAGGAAAGUGAAAGCACGAACGAUAGAGAGUACAGCCCAGGUGGAUCCGGAAAAGAAGUGCACGAUCCCUCGCCAGAUCAAGAUGCAAGCCUGAGUGACAUCGACGAGAAAAUCAACGAGUAUCCUCCAAGGGAAGUAUCGCCUACGCAAAACAGAUCAAUCCCAGUCGCUGAUGACGUAAAGGCAAAAGUGGACAAAGUUGACGAACUGACAAGGGCAUUCAAUAAAAAGAUAGGGACUACAAAGGUGUCCGGGAUUCAUGACAAAGAGGCAUGGAACAAGCUCUACGAAUACUUAAAGCUGAACUUUAAGGACUUCCUUAUAGACGGACACCUCUCCAUAGAGCUGCACAUCAGAUAUGUUCUGUGCUGCUAUGUCGUUGCAUUCAUUCCGAGCCAGUUUGCAUUUCUCUUCCCUGCAUUCUACAAGGUGCUCAUUCCGAAAAGGGCAAUGAAGGUUCCCAUCCUUAGUGAUGCUUUGAAAGGAAUAGACAGGUUCCUAACGUUUGUCAGCGACCAGAGUACAAAAACCUUCAUCAUAACAUUCUAUGUGGGGCGCCAGAAUUCUCUUGUAGAGGAUAUAGAGUUCAUAAAAAAGGUUCCAGACCUUAUCUUUACAGACCCCAUGGCAAUACUCAGAGAGAUUCUAAAGUUUGAAAUAAGAGCUGAGGGGUAUGACAACAAGAAAGAGCUAUGA